UGUGGCGUGCCGUACGGAGGGCACUGAUUGGUCGAUAGGCGUCUGCGCUGACGUCAUACAGGAAAAGCCCUUUCUUCUUUUUUUCUAUUCCAUGACGUCGACGCGUUUCCUCCUGACGACCGAGAGCUCAUCGCUCCGGCACUAUAAAGCUAAAGACAAAUGCGUAAGGAUAACCAAUUGCACCGAUUCAGGUAAAAAGAAAAAAGAAAGUGAUGCUGUAGCGUACCACCCGGUGGUCGUGCGUAAGAACAUAAUCGUAGCAAGGGGUGACAAGUUGUAGGUCGGCUACUCCCACCGCCACGCUGUUGAUGUUUUGUCGCCCCGCAUCCACAGGACAGGAUGAUGUGGUGAUGAGCGGUGUGCCAUGCAGAGGAGACACAGCAGCAACACGGAUGGCAUGCCCUCUGAAAGGAGCCGUAGCCAAACCCUUGGGUCAGAGAGCAGCCUUGAUGAAGGCAGUGUGUUUGAUUGCUUGAAGCCUGACUCAACCACCUCACCCCAGCAGCUUUUCUCUGGCCUAGUGGGCGUCCCUUCUGGCUCUGUCUCUUCUGCUCCCUUCCAGGCUGCAGGCCUUGUCCUGGGCUCUUCCCCAGACGUCUUUAUCCAGAUGACCACCUCGUCCAGGGAGGAAGGGGGGCCCCACCGCUCAGAGGGUGGGCCCUAUAUUCCCCGACCCCCCCAGAACCACCACCAUCACCACCACCACUUCCACCACCAGCCCCUGCAGCAUAGGACCUCCUCUUUGCUCCAGCAGGCCACCACAGCAGCUGGCUCAGAGAGGCACGGCUCCAGGGAGGAGGCCCAGGAGGAUCCAUCCACCCCAGCUCCGGCCUUGUCUGAGCUAAAGGCAGUGGUCACCUGGCUCCAGAGGGGCUUCCCCUUUAUCCUUAUCCUCCUGGCCAAAGUCUGCUUUCAGCAUAAGCUAGGUAUAACUGUGUGCGUGGGGAUGGCCACCACUUUUGCCUUUGCCAAUUCCACAUUUAAACAUCAGGUGUCAUUACGGGAGGAACGUUCUGUGUUUGUUGCUCUGUGGAUCAUGAUCUUCCUCACGGGGAACGUAGUGUAUCUCUACUACACCUUCAGUCAAGAGGAGCUUUACAAUAGCCUCAUAUUUGCUAAGCCCAACAUCAACAGCUUCGAGUUCUUUGAUCUGAUCUGGGUGGUGGGUAUCACCGACUUUGUCCUCAAGUACUUCACCAUUUGCCUGAAAUGCCUCGUCCUCUUCCUGCCCAAGAUUCUCCUGGCCUUCAAGUCCCGGGGUAAGUUUUAUCUGCUGAUUGAGGAACUGAGUCAACUGUUUCGGGCUCUGGUGCCCAUCCAGCUCUGGUACAAGUACAUCAUGGGGGAAGACCCUUCUUCCAGUUACUUCCUGGGGGCCACGCUCAUCAUCAUCUACAGCCUCUGCAAGUCCUUCGACAUCUGUGGUCGCUUAUCCGCCACACACAAGGCAUUCGUCAACCUCUGUAGCUCUCAGAGCUACGGCGUGCGGGCCAGCAGCCAGCAGUGCAGCGAGGCGGGUGAUGUCUGCACCAUUUGUCAAGCUGAUUUCAGAGAGCCAGUGGCCCUUCUCUGCCAGCAUGUGUUCUGCGAGGACUGUCUGUGUCUGUGGUUUGACCGGGAGAGGACGUGCCCCCUGUGCCGCGCCUCCGUCAUAGAGACCCUCCGCUGUUGGAAGGACGGCACCACCUCCGCCCACUUCCAGAUCUACUAGCAUCUACCGCUCUGGAAGUUACUUCCCGGCCCUGCUGUAAAUACAGUAGCACGGUGGCGUACAUGCUUUAGCACAAGGUUAACAUUUGGUCACUUGUGGCUCAGAUUGGGAUUAUUUGCUUUUAUGGCGGAGUUGUAAAUGAAGAGUUUGUCACAAAAUGACAUAUUUGUCAUGUGAAAAAGUGAAGGCGACCCUAGUACAUGAGUUAACAGCACCGCUAGAAGAAUGCCCGUUUUGGGCCUCAGCUGGCAAAAUGAAUAACAGUUCUGCAACAUCAAUAACAAAACUCUCAUUUAGGGCAAAAUAGCUUUUUUUUGGACGGGUUCUCUCGAAAAUGAGCAUUAAGUCUUUUUUUAAAAUGUAUUGGUAACUUUUCAGUAUUGCAGGUGUCAUAUUAUUACAGUAUGAAGAUCAGCUCGUAUAAUGCGGUGCAGACAUACACCUUACUUAUAUGUAGCUUUGUUUUUGUAGCUGGUGACAGGAGCGUUUUGAAGUUCAGAUGUUUUAAUUUCACAAAUUCUGAUUCCCUCCCCAUCAUAAAAUCGUUGAAGUGGACUUUGUUUUUUUGUUUAUUCCUCUCAGAGUGUUGAGUUUUAUUUAUAUUGUCCAGGUUUCUUGUGAACAAAUUGCUCUUAUUUGCUUGCGGUAUUUAAAUUGUACCAUUCAGAUUUAUUUUUUU